AUGAUACCUUGUUCUGAUGAUGUUCGUCAUAUGACGGACGAAAGCUUAGUACCUUUUUACCGGAAUCGGAAAAGAUUACUUCGGAAACAGCGUCAGCAUGAAUCUUUCAGUAAAGCCAAUCGACAGCUGGUCAAGAGAAAUCCUCCGUCGUCUUCUAGUGGAACUGGCCUUCGAAUAUCUUCACCCAACACUUUCACUCGAAAUGGAAUGAAACGUCCUGCCUCCUUAAAGGAUGACAGACACAUUAAUGAAAAUUCGAUUUCGUUGCAUAAAUUCGCCACUUCAUCCACGUCAACAGAGGAGGCAGAAGCUGCCCGUAAUGAGUUCCCGAAUUGCAUUGAAGUUCUUCUCUUCGCCCGGCUUCGGCGCAUGCUGACUACUACCAGCAGAUCAUUGCGUCAAUUAAUCGUUGACAACGAAGGUGAGUUGUUUACUCUAUUUGUAUCCUAA